AAAAAAAACAACAACAAUCAUUACAACAGCAGCAGCAGCAGGGCCAGGGAAUAGAUAUGGUUCCGUGAAGCUUCGCACGUCUGGCCCUCUUCACAGUCGCUAACCCCGUCCACCUGCUGCUCUUUCCACCGGGCUUUUAUACUUCCAUGGUGUCGAGCCCAUGAACCUGGCCAGUCAGAGCGGGGACGCUGGCGGUAGCCAGCUCCUCUUCGCCAACUUUAACCAGGAUAACACGUCCUUGGCUGUUGGCACCAAGUCAGGAUACAAGUUUUUCUCCCUGUCUUCAGUGGACAAGUUAGAGCAGAUAUAUGAAUGUACAGACACAGAGGAUGUGUGUAUUGUGGAGCGUCUGUUCUCCAGCAGCCUGGUGGCCAUCGUCAGUCUGAAGGCUCCCAGGAAGCUCAAAGUCUGUCACUUCAAGAAGGGAACAGAGAUUUGCAACUACUCCUAUUCCAACACCAUACUGGCUGUAAAGCUCAACAGACAGAGGCUCAUAGUGUGUCUGGAGGAGUCGCUGUACAUUCACAACAUCCGAGACAUGAAAGUGUUGCACACUAUCAGAGAAACUCCCCCCAAUCCCUCAGGAUUGUGUGCCCUUUCCAUCAGCAAUGAUAACUGUUACCUGGCUUACCCAGGCAGUGCCACAAUAGGAGAAGUACAGGUGUUUGACACUGUCAACCUGCGAGCAGCGAACAUGAUUCCAGCCCACGACAGCCCGUUAGCAGCUCUGGCUUUCGAUGCCAGUGGAACCAAACUAGCCACAGCCUCAGAGAAGGGCACAGUCAUUCGUGUCUUCUCGAUCCCAGAGGGACAGAAGCUCUUUGAGUUUCGGCGAGGAGUCAAGAGGUGUGUCAGCAUUUGCUCCCUGGCUUUCAGUAUGGAAGGCCUAUACCUGUCGGCCUCCAGCAACACAGAGACGGUCCAUAUCUUCAAGUUAGAAACACAGAAGGAGAAGUAUGUGCCUGCGGAGGAGCCCACUACUUGGGGAGGGUACCUGGGUAAGGUCCUGAUGGCGUCUACCACGUACCUGCCUUCCCAGGUCACAGAGAUGUUCACCCAGGGACGGGCUUUCGCCACUGUUCGUCUGCCCUUCUGCGGACACAAGAACAUCUGCGCCUUAGCUGUGAUUCAGAAGAUUCCGAGGUUGUUGGUUGCAGCGGCUGAUGGUUACCUGUACCUGUACAACCUGGAUCCACAAGAGGGAGGGGAAUGUACUCUCAUGAAGCAGCACAGGUUAGAUGGCAGUACUGAAGCACCCAAUGAGAUCCUUGAGCAAGGGUCACAUGAUCGCCCACUUGUGGCCCAAACAUACAGUGCUGCUGUCACUAAAGGUUACUGUGAAGAGCAAGGUGCCGUGGGAGGGGCGGGCCUAGACGACGACCUCAAUGAGUUGCGCUUAGAGGAAGAGAACGAGCAACCGCCACUCAUCCUUGAAACUGACUGACUUUUCGCAUGGCCGCACCCACCAAUCAGAGGGCUCCUCUGGUGCUGCUAUAAACAUGUGACACAAGGGGGGCGGGGGAACAAAGCCGAGGGAGAGCGAGUGUUUUUAAACACUCGAAGCGUUCAAGAGCCUGUCUGUUGGUCCGUCUGUGCGUUCAUCUGUUAAAAUCCAUGUUUACCUUUUUCUCCCGUCCUUCCUCAACUGCUCCAAA